AUUUGUUAAUCAUCUUCAUUCGUUAUGAAAAUCUCAUUCAUCGCGUUAACGCUGUUUGCUCUCGCUCAGCAAACUUUCGCUAGUAAAGGAGACGCUUCUGAAAAUGGUAUUAGCAAGGUAAUUACACCAGAGGCCCUAAAGACCAUCAAGGCCAAUUCCGAGGAGAAGCCUUGGUUUGUCAAGUAUUACGCUCCAUGGUGUGGACAUUGUCAGAAACUGGAGCCAAUUUGGGAUAAAGUUGCUGUUGGACUAAAGGACAGCAAUAUUGGGGUUGGAGAAGUCAACUGUGAAGAUAACAAAGAGUUGUGUUCAGAGAAUGGAGUAUCCGGUCUACCAUCGCUCAAGUUUUAUGCUCAUGAUACCGUGUACGACUAUGUUGGUGAUCGUACACACGAGAAAAUCGAAGAGUAUGCAAAGAAGAUGGCUGGUCCUCCUGUUGAGAGCGUUAAUGAAGCUGGACUCAUCAAACGGUUGGGCGAAUCUCCCGUCUCGGUUGUAACAUUUUGCGGAGAAGAAGAUCAUGCAAUCAAAGAAUUAACAAAUGAAAUGGCCACUCCAUUGAUGGGCAAGGUCCCAUUUUACGUUACAAGCGAUGUUUAUGCGUUUCAAAGAUUCAACCUUGGACUCGAGGACGUUCCUGUUAUGUUAAUUGUCAAGGACGACACAGAGGUUCUUUAUACUCCCCUGGCCGAAAUCAAUCUGUUUGACAAGAGUUCUCGUUUGGAAUUACUCUCCUGGAUUAACAAGGAGCGUUUCCCUCUGGUUAACAUGCUCAACCGUGCUAAUUCGGUUGAUCUCUUAAAGGGCGAUCAUUUGGUGGUUAUGGCUUUGAUGGAAAACAGUAAUGAGGAAUCAGUCCAGGCUUUCCGUGAUCUGGCUACCAAAUGGAAGAAUACAGCAACUGAAAACGACAAGAAUACCCUUUUUGUUCAAUUGGAUUCCAGCGUGUGGGCCAACUAUGCCAAUCGAAUCUACAAAUUAACCGCGUCCAAGGUUCCCAAGGCAAUCAUUUUGGACCCCAGCCGAAAGCAAUACUUCAGUGUUGAUCUUGACAAAAACACACUGUCAAUCGAUAAGCCCAAUGAACUUUUCAAGACCAUUCGUGCAGUUUCUGCAGGAAAGCUUGAGGGCACAUCUACUACCCCUCCCAGGGGUGUGUCUGUAGUAGACAAGAUGUUCAGUUUUGUGGGUACACAUUGGAUUGCAACUAGUUUGGGAUUGUUUUCUGUAUUUGGUUUGUUUAUGAAAUACGUGUUCGGUGGCUCCACUCCUGUAGUAGUAGAUGAGGCUAAGAAGCAAGACUAAUAUAUAAACAACUAUAAUAAAUUUAUGUAUCCGAGAGUGUAUGGGUCUUUAUAUAAAAGC